UUCAUUUAUUACCUGACUAAACAUCGAGCAAGUAUGGAGGAGGGAACGGUUACAGAUGUGGAAGAAGUUGGAGAUUUAAGCAUCCGCCAAAAAUGAGAGGUAUUAUAAUAAGAGCACUGAACAUCAACCAACCACUAACCACUGCUUUAGCUUUACAUUUGAACGCCAGAUGGUCUGCUUCUGUUUUCUGGUCGACCAACGCCGGCAGAUGCAGCGGAGCAAGCCGGCCGCCGGGAUUUGCUCCCGCUGCGGCGGCGGAGCCAGCGUCGCCGACAUGAAGACCGCCACCAGGUUUUGCUAUGUCCCCUUCUACUGGAAAUCCUGGAGAGCCAUUGUUUGCACUUUCUGCGGAGCCGUUCUUCGCUCUUACCAACACUAAUAUUAUUAUUACUGUUAUUUGCUAACACAUGAUGAAUCUUCAUCAUCCUAUAUUUUUUCAUUCUCCGCUCCAGAUUUAUAUCAUGUGCAAUUUCUUUCUUAACAAUAUUCUCAGUUUUAUUUUGGAGGAUUCAAUUCUUAAUAUUUUUAAGAGUUAAUCACGUUAUCUCUUUGUUCUUGCUAUUUGUGAACACGCGAUAUCCUCGGUGAAGGAAUUAUGUGCUAUCAGCUUUAUCCUUG